AUGGUAUUCAGCGCGAAGAAAGGGUUCACUUCGCUCCAAGCGGCGGCGUUUAGCGCGCAACUCGUGUUGACAUGUUCCGUCUCCCUUUUGACGCACGCGACGAUAUCUCCGAACGGGAAAUACGCGUAUAAGACGGUCACGAUACCAUUCUUCGCGGAAGUGACGAAGUUAGCCUUGUCUUCCACGUUCUUUUACAACGAUUACGUCCAAUCGAACGGGCAGUUACAAAUCGAGAGGAGUUCGCAAACCGUGUUAACUGCGGCUGUCCCGGCGUUGUUGUACUUCGUCUCGAACAAUCUGAACUUUAUCAUCAUACGCGAGCUCGGAGCGACGAACUUUCAACUGUUGAACAACUUGAAAAUAUUAUCGACGGCUAUAUUCUUUCGCAUAAUCAUGAAAGUAGAUUUGAAUAAAUUACAAUGGAGAAUGCUCGUGUUAUUAACGAUAGGAUGCACGGUGUCGCAACUCGGCCAAGGCAAGGACGGACACGUCUUGGUCGGGAGCGCGCUAGGAUACGGAUUGAAAGUAUGCAACGCGUGUUUAACCGCGAUGAGUAGCGUUUUCUGCGAGAAGUUUCUGAAACACUUGCCGAACAACUUUCACUUUCAGAACGUGUUGUUAUAUUCGUGGGGGGUACUCUUUACGACCGUAUCCGUGGUGUGGGACGGCGAGCUUUUCAGCAAAGGCGUGGAGGUGCUAUUUAGAGGUCACACCGCGUUGACGUUUAUGUUGAUUUGUAAUUACGCGUUCGUAGGCAUAGCGACGAGUGGAGUUAUGAAGUUUUUGGAUAAUAUUGCAAAGACGUUUGCGGCGACCGGGGCGAUGUUUAUCGUCGCCACGUUAUCCAUCGUAAAAUUUGGCGAGCCUUUUCGCAUAGAGUUAGUCUUGGGUUGUUUAAUCGCCGCCGUCGCGGUAGACGUGUAUUAUCACGGCGAGUUGCUCUUGGAUAAGAAGAAAGACGACGACUUCCUCGACGACGAAGAGCUCGUCGUCGUUCAGGGGUCGUCCAGUACGAGUAGAGGGGAGGAAAAAAAUGCGACGAUAUAA